AUGGAGGCUGUGCGAAGUCGUCGCAAUCCGGCAGAUCACCAGAUCCGGCAGAUCAUCGGAAAAUCCCUUAAGUGGCGGCGACUAUGGUGGAAGUUUCGGGAGAAAGUCGCGGUCUCUUGGUUGGGGUUUGGUCGGGAUCGGGCAAAGGACUUCGCCCACGGCGACGAGGAGUCCUGCCAUCGGAGGAGGGCAGCCGUGCAGCACCUAGCGCUUUUCGUGCCGUGGGAGUCCUUCCUAUGCGAAGAAACAGGCGAUAUCAAUGGCAUCUGGGCGCGGGCGCGAGAGGCGCUGGCUCCCAGAAUAUCAUGUCUCGUCGACCACGUGCAGCUGCUCCGACGAUCAGCUGAAGACGCAAAGCGUGACGCCAAGCAAUGGGCAGCCUCGUCCAGCGAUGGCGACCCCACGGUCGCACACGUGGAGAAGGGUGGGGCGAGCGAGGCGGGCGCGGGCGCGGGCGCGGGCGCGGGAUCCGCAGCGACGUAUCAGUCCAACAGCAUCGGAGACGCAACGCGGCUGAUCGACGUCGUCCGAGGUGCAGUGGGCACGAAUCAGGUGAAGGCCAAGUCGCCGGAGCUCACGGCAAUGAUGCAGCAGCUCUGUCGAUUCCAGCAAUCGGCGCUGCGCUCGACGGCCGAGCUCGCGGCCACCGUGAUGACCGAACGAGGGGAGAGGCGGAUAAGCAUGCCAGGGCGGAUAUUUUCCGGGGCCGCACUACCACCGCAGGAUCAGGUCAAGGCCAUCAAGUCGCAGCAGGCAAGUGCCUCGGAGGAGAGGGAGCGGAUGAUCCAAGGCAUACAGAGCACACCCGUGGCCUGGGGAAGCGACCGCCGCGCUGCGUUGCGGAGAGUGAUGACUGGCUUCGGGGAGGACGAGAUCGAAAUAACGAUGGCAGACUCCGACGAGACCGCUAGCGACGUAAACGCGGGAAUGCGCGUCCUGUUCGGACCAUCAGCCUCCUUCUUCGCGGCGGGCAGGGGGUGCGAUGCCGGCCAGCUGUGCCAGUUCGUCGGCGACGAGGGGGGGGCUGCCGCGGCGCGGAUCAAUGGCAUCACGAUCCACUCCGCCUGCGGGUUUAGCAAGGACCAAGGGGCGGGCGCGAACACGGCCAAAGAUCUCGACGGGGUGCGGCUGCCAAAACGGACGGAGCGGUUCAUCCACGGGCAGUCUCGGAUGAGCUGGCACGAGAAGGACGUGCUCGUCAUCGACGAGGUGAGCAUGCUCGGAUCACGGACGCUGCACGCCGUGAACGAGCAGCUCUGCCGGCUUCGCGGAUCGCCGGAAGAUUUGGGGGGGAUCCCCAUCGUUCUCUUCUGCGGGGACUUUCAGCAGUUCCGGCCGGUCCAAGAGAGGUCGAUCCUCCUGCCGAGCGCGGCUUUUUCGUGGGACGUAGACAACUCGUUCAGGGCCGAGCAGCGGCACCAGCACGACAAAGCGCACGCGCUGUGGAAGAGGUUUACGACGGUCGUCAUGUUGGACGAGCAAAUGCGAGCCGCCGGGGAUCCGGAAUUGCAGGGGCUGCUGAAGCGAAUCCGACUGGGCGUGCAGGACCGCACGGAUCUAUACCUCCUCAACUCAAGGUGCUACCGGGAGGGCAGGCGGAUCCCGUGGGAGGCGGGCAUCACCGUGCAACAGUCGAUGAUGCGCAUCUUCAUCUCCGAGCAUAAGUGGAAAGAGGAGCUGCCGACGGAGAAGGAGGCGAUCAUGAUGCUCAACCAGGGCGACGACAGCGCGAUCCCGGUGCCGGCCAUCUUCAUGUUCGUGGCCGGGAUGCCGGUCGUCGUGAACCACAACACCCAUCAGGGGCUGAAGCUGGUGAACGGCGCCAGCUACUCGGCGGUGGAGGUCAUUGUCGACAAGGCGUACCGGGACAUCGGAUCUCGGCCGACAUGA